AUGGGCGGUAGCCAAUCUAGCUUGCCACCUGCACCACUGGGAUGCGAAUAUAUGUGUAUAGCUAUUCGCGAGCCAGACAAACUGCGCAUCAUUCUUGGUACUGAUCAAGAAGCAAAUAUAGUCCGCCAGAUUAUACAAGAAUCAUGGCCAAUGGGCAUUCAGAAAGAGUCCUUUAAGCUAAAUGGUGUCUAUAAAUUCAAGCUGAAAGGAUGGCCCUUUGAAACUUCAUCGUUAACUGAAGCCGUACAUUGCAGGCAAAUGGCAGAAAGAAUUCUACACAGGCUGCAUCGGAAUGGAUGGCAUCUUCAGAUUUCCAGCGAUUUAACUCAAACAAAAGAUCUUAGCACAUGGUUUUUCAGAAAAGUCCCAGAAGUAACAAAUUUCUCAUCUCAACCUUUUCUCGUUGUUGGCCUCAGCUCGUCGGACAGUUUGAUGGUGCUAAACGCCCCCGUGGAUCUCCAUCAACUCUUGAAGAAUGCCAUAAGUAAGUCAUGGCCCAGUGGAAUUCAGAAAUGGUCAUAUGAAAAUGAUGUUUUACUGAUCAAGUUAAAGGGCUUUCCAUGGUGUCCAGACGGCUCUGAAACUGUCCAUUCAAGAGUGGUUCUGCAAGCAAUUAUACAUGAUCUGUCUCAAAAACAAUGGCAUUUAUAUGGAAAUUCUAAUCUUAAGAGUACUGCAAACACUCUGUUUUUCAAGUACGAACCAGACAUGUCUAGCUCAAGCGUGAGCCAUCCUCUUCCACCUCCAUGGCACUUCACAAUCAGUCUCAACAGUAACGACUUACUGAGAGUGAUUGAUGCUCCUGAGAGCCUGAUCCCUACCAUCCGGGACAUCAUCCAAACCUCGUGGUAUAGAGGAAUCCAAGGCGUUUUGCGUUACGCUGGAAGCUGGGAGUUCAAGCUCAAGGGAACCCCUUGGUGGGCAGAUGGCCAAGAGACGGUAGAAGCAAGGAUUUUGAUUCUGAAGUUGAUGGAGAUGCUGCAUGCUGUUGGAUGGAGCCCUAUUGCUAGUAUCGACAGUUCAAGAAAAGUUUCUGAUAAGAGUUCCUUGAUUUUCAGACAGUCCCAACCAAGGCAGUCGCCCUUUUUCUGCUUGAGCUUGCAUAAAACCGACACACUGCGGCUGAUAAAUGCACAUGAAGAUGUUGCAAGGGUAUGUUGCAAGUGUAACUGACGCCUAACUAUUUUUCUUCAUAUAUACACCUUGCUAACAUACCUGAUACACGAAGAUAUCAAUAGAUCGAAUUGAAGGCACAACAAACCAAAAUCAGUUUUAACUCUUAAAACUUUAAAAAAAAUGAAAAAAGGAAGAAAGGAAGAAAGAAAGAGAGAAAGAAAGAUAGAACAAAAACUGAGAUAAUUUUUCACUCUGGCAUUCACUUAGCGUUGACGUUAUUUUAAUUUUCGGUUUCUGCUGACGAAAUAACCCAAGGGGUGGCCUAGGGUAUAGGUUUGUAACAGAUCACUAGAAUUGGCUCACAUUCUCGAACACCUGCCAUAUAGUGACCAGAAUGGGUUCUAUGAUCGGCCAGAUAAUCAUGGUUAUAAUUGGGUAGGAGCUCUGAGAGGCCAUUGGCACCUACCAAGCAAAGGCAAAACUAAAUACCCCCUGGAGAAAUAUGUCUUUGGACAUUAUAAAGUACGGUUAGAAACACUUGAUGAUAUUAGCUUUUUUAAGGCAACUUGUUUGGUGCACUAUGAAACCUUUAUUUGAUUCUUUCUCUCGAUUUAGGUUUGCCAAGAAGUUAUCCAGACACAAUACGUCCUUGGUGUUCAAAAAGUAAGGUACUAUGGGAACAGCCUGGAGUUCAAACUACUGGGAAAUCCAUGGAGGUGUGGCCUUAAUGGUCAUGAUGGCAUACAUGGCAGAUACAUGAUAUGUCAGUUGUUUCAUGCUCUGGCAGGUCUCUACUGGACACCAGUCAUAUCAGCAGAUUUGUCGGCCAAAUAUGUUGAAGUAAAUGGUCAGGAAAUCCCAGUCGAUGUCGACAGUAUAUUCUUUAAAUAUGAUCCUGCAGCUGCAGCAGCACUACCACCGGCCUUUCCACCACAAGCUGCAUAUCCCUUACCACCUAUGUUCUGA